AUGGGAAAAAAAAAAAAAUUAUAAAUCAAUUUCUAAAAAAUGAGAUAACUUUUAUAAUUUAAAUCUGAAACUGAGAAAAAAGACAUAACGUAAUAUUAAUUCAUAUAUUUUAAGAUCUUUUACAAAAAGAAGUUCCUUAAGAUCAACAGCAAAUAUCAAGACAUCUUUUAUGGAUAUCAAUAAUUAAUAGUUAUGA